AUCUAUCUAUCGGCUUUAAUAUGAAGUACCUGACGUGUGUGCUGCUCCCGUUGGCUUUAAUUCCGACUCUGAUCGGCGCUCAUCCCAGCACAGUGGUGGUGAAUGGCGUCUGUCUGACUUGUCCCAAUCCGAAUGGUGAACCCGUCUACCUGGAUGGCCAGCAGUACCGCAGCUUCUCCUCAUCCCCUGGCGAUGGUAAUGUGGUCAUUUCCCGUGGAAAUGACGGUAGUGGCGGUGGAGGUGGCACCAUUUACCGGAGGGGUGGUAAUACCAUCGUCAAUGGCAGAUGUCAGCACUGCAACGUGGAUCCCUAUUAAAGGCUUAAACAAUAAAGUCUGAAUAUUGAAUUAAAAUUGCGCACAUAUCGAUCAAUCCAUUUCAUACUUACACUUGGCUAUGUACAACAUCAUUUAGCUAAAAGCAUUGACAAUCGUUCAACCCAGUCUCUCUGCAAAUUCGAUGAAUGUGAUGGUUUCGAGUGCAGAGGGCAUCAUCUGAUGGAGGCAAAAAAUGGAAAAAUGAGCGUUUUAUAUUCAGUUUUUGUUACCACGAAGUACACGUGGAGAAACAUGAAACAUCCGAGUUAUUUUAUGCUGCGAAAAAAGCGUGAAGAAUGUUAUAAUUGCUUUUGGUCGAAAUAUUCAGUCCUGAAAAUCAAAUUUUUCACAUUUAAAAUAAGAAUUUUUUUUAACGAUUUCCAGUACCUCAUUGCGUGCACUGCGAGCUGUCUGUUUGUGAACAUUGGCUUCUCUCAUCCUUCUCAAAAAUAAGUGAUACAAAAGCGUUACAUUUUCAAAAGCCUUGGUUUCAAAACAGUCUGCAAAUAAGGGAAGACCCACGGAUUUUGUGACGGAAAAAUAGAGAAAUUCGUGCUGCCAAUGGCAUCGAUUGUUUGAACUUCAGCUAGUUGCCACAUAAACUGGGCUGGGAGCUGACGUCGCUGUCUCCAGAGUAUUGCACAGCAUCGAUAAUCAAAUGCGAGUAACCAACCGUGCAAUUUACGCCAGUGGAUGUGUUGUCAAUGAAAACGCUGGCCUGAUGUAAGGGUGCUUAAGGUUGCGCGUGCCACGUGGCGUAUACGUAAUGCUACUGCAGGAACGGCAAACAGAAGCCUCUCAAAUAUUUGCUUUGAAACUAACUACUCGACAAACAGUAAACACUUAGUGCAUACACACACACACACACACACACAC